UCUCGUUGCUUUGACAGUGCUCAAAGCAAAAUCAUCCGGUGAGGAGACGGAGAUUAUAUCAAGUGGAUUUGAAAAGGAACUCCGUCCAUAAGGAUGAGCCAGCAAAAGUGCUUUUGACUAAAGUGGACAAAAGCUGAAUAUGGAUAUCAGUCUGGUCUAAAAGAGCAACUGCGGAUCUUUGGGAGCCCGGUUCGAGAGAAGACCGUUAAUACUGUAAACACUACAAUGACUGACUCCGCAAAACCGCCGUUCAGGAGGAGAAUGAAGGCACAUGCUCCACCUCCGCCUCGGGCCCCUCAACCUGCUCCACGGCACAUCUUCAGAAACACUGAUGGGGGAGGGACAUCAGGCAUGGACGCCAAGGAGAACAUGCUAAGACCCACUGUGGAUUUCAAGCUAACUCUUCCACAGGGAUACCAGACGUCUCUCACUGAGGAUGGCAGUAAGGCGCUGAUGGACCUGCUGGUUGAGUUGUGUAGUCGCUUCCACCUUAACCCAGCACUGCACACCCUGGAGCUGCUGUCGCCAGAGGGCCACUCUUUGGGAUUCAAGCCCAAUGCUUUACUGGGCUCCCUGAAUGUAGCCUGUGUCUUCAUCAAGGAGAAAGUCUGGGAGGACAAAGUGGUGCGCAGACCAGCGCCCAAAGUGCCAGAGAAAACAGUUCGUUUAUUGGUGAACUACCACGGUAGCCAGAAGGCAGUGUUACGGGUCAACCCGCUGGUACCACUCGAGGCUCUGACACCAGUCAUCUGUGACAAGUGUGAGUUUGAUCCUUCACACGUUCUGCUCCUGAAGGACGGCAUCAGUCGCCAAAAAUUACCACUGGAUAAAUCUCUGACGGAGCUGGGGAUCAAGGAACUCUACGUACAUGACAAGAGUUUAGUUCUCCAGCCUAAAAUGGCUUCUGCCCCUGCUCUUAACUACUCAGACUCACUUUACUCCAGUACCACCAGUUUGGGUAAAUCAGAGAAGAAAGGCCUCCUGGGUAUCUUCCAGUUUAGCAGGAAAAAAAGCAAGAAAACCUUUGCGGACAUGGAUGAGUGUGAUGAUAAUGUUUUCCAAAAUACUGACACACAAACAGAUGGUCUGUCCAAAGUAUCCGGGGUCCCCAGCACCUUGGGCCAGUCUCAGUCAGUCAUGAAUAUGUCCAGGAUGUCUCCCAAGGCUGACAUCAAGAAGAGACAGGCCCCAGUACCUCCUGAGGCCCCAGCAACUACCACAGGACACAGCUUUGAAGCCUAUCAGAUGGGACUUGGCUCAGAAAGCCAGCAGAGGAAAAGAAAGGCUCCGGCCCCUCCUCCCACCCCGUCUUCCAUCACCCCAGGCUCUGAUGACACUUCAGCCUCUGCUCCUCUCACUCCUGACACUACUGAGAUAUCUAUCCAAGCCUUACCAACCAGAAUGGCAGAAUCAGUUCAUGCCUCUUCUACCAUUGUGGUAAUGCAAACAGUCAAACCAGUCCCCAUGAAAACCUCAACACAACCUAAUCCUCCAACCACCAACUCCCCAACCCCAACUAGCAGCACCAGUGACAGCUUGGCCUACCAGGAUUCCAACUCUGAACUCAGCCACAGCCUCGAUGAUUCAGAUGCUGACCAGGACCAGGCUGGUUCCCAAUGCAGCAGUGUCACCAGCAGCUCAGCGAGUGAAUCUGUGCAGCUGCAGCCCAUUACAAAAAGCUCCGUCUACAGGUUGGAGGAAUCAGAGAAAUUGAGGGGCAUGGCUGCCAAAUCAAAUCAAGAGGUGAAUUCAGCCAGCAGCUCCAGGUCGGAGACUGAGUCGGCCCUUAGCUUGAAGCUGGAUGAAGCUGAGAACAACAGACACAGUGCAAUAGGAAUCACUGAUCAACCAGCACCACCCAAACCUCGUCGUUCACCAGCCCGGGAAGCAUCACAGCUUGUCCUUCCCCCUUCCCCGUCCACUCCAUCCCUGCCCUCCCCUCCCAUUGAGCCCACAGAAAAUAAUUCCCCAGAGUGUCCUAUGGAGGAGGAGGAAGCAGCUCCCCAGUCCUGGCUCCACUCCAUGCGGAGCUCUGCAGCCAGUGGACCAAAAGCAAAUACUGAAGCACCUGAGGAGGAAACUGUAUCCCUGGGCAGCAGCAGUGGCAGCAGCAGCCUGCCUGACCAGGGUUACGCUGCCUCAGAGGGCAUGGGUGAGGACUCGGGCAUCAUCAGCUCUCCAACUGACACCCAACCCACAUCCCCAGAUGGGAGUUUGUCUCCGGAUGGAAGUAGCAGAGGCGGGGGAGAGAGACUGCUGGGACCAGUGCGGGACAAUUCUAGUGACAGUGAUGAGGGAUGUGCCACCUGGGGAUCAAGACGCAGGCACAAUGGCAUCAACCCACAGGCAAAGUCAGGCAGAGUAACGGACAACUAUGAAGAUGAUCCGGAUCUCACAGCCCAGCUCCAUCAGACUUUGGCAGGUUUUGAUGCAGACCUUGCAGACCACAAAGGUAUUUUCUCAGUGAAAAAGACUAUGUCCACAAACAGUAAUGAUGUGCCAGUGUCUGUAGUGGACAUGGAUGUGCCAGUCACAGCCAUAGAUGAAGUACUGGAGGACUACGAAAUUACAAAAUUAGAAAAGGAGGCAAAGUCACUUACCAGGACUAAGUCAGGUGGCAACAAAGGUCCAGGAUUAUGCCAGCAGCCCAGCAUGGAGCUUCAGAAGAAAAACAACAGUGCUUGUACAGCUGCUGAUAGUAGAAGCUACGCAGAUACAAAGCAGCCAUCUCAACCGGAGCAUCUUGGGAAGUUACAGAUGAAAACGUCUACACGCGAUAAAGAGGAAGAUAAGAUUAUCGAGACAAAAAUAAAGGCCAUGGGUACGACUGACAGUAACGGUGUGAAAGAGGAUAAACGGGGAACAAGAUCAGCAGUCCUAUCCAACACUGACAAGCAGAAACACACCAAGAGCACUGAGAUCAAGCCUGAUCCUAUCAAGAACAAUGAUCAAAGGAAGCCUCUUUUAUCAACAGCCAUUCAGAGAUCACAACGAUUUGAAGAGAUUAGUGUUUAUCAAAAUAACUCUUCACUGGGUCAAAUCACACAUAACGUCGCAUCACGCUUUGGUAUGAAAACGUUCACUGUGGUUCCUCCGAAACCCGUCGUACAUGCUGAUACUGGAGAUGCUGCUGCCUCAAGAAUUGAAGGUGCCAUUAAGAUCGACGAUCAAGGAAAUAUGGUCAAAGUGGGCAUCACCCGAAACAGAGCUGGUGGUGCAUCAGAGUUGGGAAUGAAUGGUAGUGAGGAGUCUCCUCUUCUUGGAAAAGCCAAAGUCUUUUGGAGCUCAGGUCCAGAAAGACAAGAAACUGCUGUGCCUCUCAGCAAAGGUCACAUCAAUAAGGCUAAAGAGAAUAAAGAUGGCAAUACAUGGAAGACCACUAACACUGAAACAACAGAAAGUAAAUAUAAACCUGCAGACAGAAUCCAGUCUGAAUUGAUUCUCAAAGAAGAAACUAAAGAACAACGGAAAGACAUCCAUGUUGCAAAGGAGGAAAAGCUGGAGAGCCAGACUUCAGUCUCUAAAAACACUCAGCAACUAAGUAUGAAACCUGCUCUUUCCUCUCCAGUUCUCCCAGACCUGCAAAAAGACAUGUCCUUCCUUAAACCCUCCAGGCGAACAUCAAGUCAUUACGUGGCGUCUGCCAUCAAUAAAUACACCAAAAAGACUCCUGCUAAUCCUAGCACCACCCCUCUCAACCCUGACUCCUCUGCCCCUGUGAAAACACAGACUAUCGGCUUCCAGAGAUCAGGAAGGUCCAUACAAGUGAAUCCACACCAAUCUUUCCAGUCAUCGCUGUCAGAUAAUAAGAAGAAUGACUCUGCUUAUAAACCCCACACUUUUGGCCCAAAGAGGUCUAUGAGUUACCCUGAGUACGUGUCGGAUAGCCAGAGGGAUUUUGGAGAAGACAGCCCAGACACGGGAGGAUUUGGACAUUGUGUUGGAUCCACCAAUGGAAGCUUUAAUACACUAGAAACAAAAACAGCCAAGAAUAAGCACAGUCAGUCUAGUGGCUCCACCCAGAUACAUGUGAUCGCCAACAAUGACAGAGAAGAUAUUAAACAUAUUCGUCCCAGUGGCACCAAUCCCACACAAAGCAGUCUACCACGCUCAUCUUCCCAACAACCCACAGCCUCAAAAACUGCUGUCCAAACAAACACAAAAGACACGACCAAGGCAGCCACCCAUCUUACACGUGAUGCACGACCACAACCAUCUGUCACAGUGUCAGACAGUAACGACAUAUCACAGGCAGUGACGGUGUUUGGGCCAGUGAAAAAGUUCAGACCAGUGAUCUGUAAAUCCGUUGAGAAGGAGACUUCUCUGCACAGCAGCCUGAUGGAUGCAAUCCAGACUGGGACAGGCAAGGAGAGGCUGAAAAAGAUAUCCACUUCUGCUGACACUUGCGAAAAGAAGUUAUCUUAUGUUGAUGAGGAGAAUGAGAGAUCCGCUCUUCUGGCUGCCAUUAGAGGCCAAAGUAAAUCUGCCCGGCUGAAGAAGACCAAAUCUGAGGCAGCUGAUGAGCUUGAGAAGUUUAGGAAGGGUGCUUCUGAGGAGGAGAGCAGCGCAGACCCUCCUCCCUCUCCUCUCUUUGUAUCUUCCACUUCACCUCCCGUCCUGACCCCACCACCACCACCACCAGCUCCCAUGUUUGCACCCCCGCCUCCUCCCCCUAUCUUGCCCGCGGGUAAGCCUAGGACUGUGGCACCUCCAAGUGCUAACACCGCCAUGAACCCUGGCUUGGCCCGAGAUGCCAUGCUGGAGGCCAUUCGCUCUGGAUCUGCUGCAGAGAAGCUAAAAAAGGUUGCUGUGCCCAAAAAGACAGUCCAAGUGAACGGUAGACUGGGAACAAUCCAAGCAACCUCCUCUGGACUUCCCCAGCAGUAAGAGCGAGUCUCCACAACAAGGAGUCAUUCAUAACAUUGUUGUUUUUUUUAUCUUUUUGCCAUUGUGUUUUUGAAUCAGACUUUUGAAAAACUGGACUGAGUCACAUUUAGACUCUCCCCACCACUCUGGAGCCUCGUGCUGAAACAGUGAAGCAGGGAGACCCACUGCUAUUUUCACUUUCCUCUGAAACAUUUCUACUUGAAAGGGGAAUGUUUCUCUGUUGGCAGCCAAACACCUGUAACAGUGGUCUGGUGUCAGAGGUGAAAGAUUUCCAUCCAUAACAUUAUAUUUUUCAGCUUCCAACUGUAGCUCGCUAAAGUGAUCCUAACAACUUAGCGUUGUUUUUAAACAUAUGUUGCCAUGUGUACUGGAAUUCAGUAGUUUUAUCUGAAAUGUUGUACAAACUGUGUGCCAAUGGAAGCUAAUUUAAAACGUUUUUUUUUUUUGUUAGUUCUUUUUGGACAAUAAGUCAUAGAUGCCUUAUUCUGUCGCUCAGUAUUAUGUAUAUGAUGUUUUGUUGUACAAAUAAUUCUUUAAGGGCUGGAAUAAGAAGGAUCUGAUGAUGUUUCCAUGUUGCGUGUGCUUAAGAUUUUUUUGAAAUCUUAAGUACACGCGUGAAAAAACAUGGUUGUGAGUAUAUUAUUUCAGCCACAUUUGGUCCAUGAUGCCAACAAAUGUACAGUUCCUCUGAUGAAUGAGAUGGUGAUGAGCAACUGGUGAGAACUCAUUAUUCUCCCGUCAUCGCUCCUGUUGUUUGCGCUGCUGUUCACGAUCUAAAGGUAACGUCAUACACGGUCUGUAUUCUGUAGAAACCUGUAUUUGUACAGGUAUGACUGAUUUGACCGACCAUUGGCCUUUUUACGUUUCAUUUAUUUCUUAUAUGUCCAGAUGAAGCGCUCUAUUUGUUGACAUUUCAGUCCUGCUGAAGCACUGUUACUGAAGUAUGUCAAUGCCACAAUGAGCAAAAGAGAUUAUUGAUCAACAAGUCACUACCAUUGGGUGAUGGCUGUGUUUUGAAAACAUAAAUGCAGUUGUAGGUGAGCUGAAGUUUUAGAUUAUCUAUGGCCUUGAUUUAUGGUACGUCAGAUGUACUAGAUACAGUUGAGUGUGGAGUAGCUUUUCAUGAUUGAAGGGAGAGAGGAGCACAACUGUUUAAUGGUACGCCGACGAUGUUCACUCUGAAUCUGUAGAAGGAAGAGAAACCUAGAGCAUCCAUAUUCAGGUGUGAGUGCUUGCUGCUGUUCAGCUGAGCAAAGGAGGCUGGAAAUAGUUUUAUAGAUUUAAUUUAUGCUCGCUUUCAGAAAAAUCUGUUUCAUGUUGUAUUAUGAGAGUGUAACCAACGAGCAUUUCUAUUUUUUGUUUCCCUUUCAUCUCCACACGGUAGUUUACAAUGCUACAUUGUCUUAUUGCUAUAUUUUAUAAACUUGAGAAAGAUCAUUGCAGUGAGAGAUUUGAUUUAAAUCUUUGCUAGAAAUUCAUUCCCGUGAUAGCGUGAACCUUUUAUAAGCUAUUGCUUUUCAAGUUUAAAUUGCACUUUGAUUUUUUUUUUCUUCAGAAGGCUGCACAGAUUAUUUUUGUUUACCUAAUUUUUGAUUCAAUAAAGACAUUUUCUUAUGCAGACAAACUUGAUUUGCUGC